AUGAAAACUGCAGUUCUCCUUGCUAUCGCUGGUUCUGCCCUCGGCCGCACAUUUACCGUCUAUAACGCGUGUCCAUUUACCAUCUGGCCUGCUAUCUUCACUGAUCUGAGCGUUGGCUCCGCCGUUCCUGCGAUCGAAAAUGGGUGGGAAGCGCCGGCAUACUCAAAACGUUCAUUUAAUGUCCCCGAUAACUGGAAGGUUGGACGCAUCUGGGGUCGUACCCAGUGCGAUUUCUCAAAGACACCUGCUGGUAUAAAUUCAUGUCUCACAGGCGGAUGUAACGGUGGGCUGGUGUGCGACGGAAGAACGGGAGUCGGCCUCCCACCUGUCACCUUUGCCGAAUUUACGUUGGGUGAUACUGGAGGGUCCGACUUUACGGAUGUGAGUUUGGUCGAUGGAUUCAACCUGCCUAUGCGUAUUUCCAACACUGGCGGGUGCGGAGUUGCCGAAUGUACCGUGAAUCUAAACAAGGAUUGUCCUGAGGCUCUCAGGGGACCUUUGGAUUCAAAUGGAAGUGUCGCUGCUUGUAAGUCUGCUUGCCUAGCACAACUCAGUCCCCCAAGCGAUUCAUCAAGUUGCUGCACCGGUGGAUUCGCUAAGCCUUCGACUUGCCCGCCAUCCGGAGUCGAAUAUUAUUCUUACUUUAAGAAUCCUUGCCCAAAGUCGUACGUCUACGUUUAUGACGAGUCGAGCGGUACUGCGUUGUGGACGUGCCCUUCCUCAAAGAAGGCCGACUAUACUGUAACGUUCUGCCCAUGA